AUGAAACUUAUUUUAAGUGGGAACCCACUAUUUCAAUCAAAUUCAUGGAAAAUUCCUCCUAAACCCAGUUCACCCUCGGGUUCCCAGCCCGACAGCAGCAGUCAACUUUCACCUGGGAUAACACCUAGUACUGGUGAUUCGGGCAUUGGUGGUGUUCCCGCUAUACAGCUAAAGAAGAAACCAAAUGUAGUACCGUCCCCCACUCCUGUUGCGGCUUUUGCUGGUUUAGCGCUUUUAACCAUCCCUUUAGGUCUCUACUUAUGCAAAUUGAAGAAAGCUAACUCAAAAAGCGAGCUCAAUGGCAGGUUCGGGGUCGUUUACAAGGGCCAGUUAGACGAUGGCACAAAAAUAGCGGUCAAAAGAAUGGAAUCUGGUGUGAUUUGCAACAAAGCAUUAGAUGAAUUUGAAUCAGAAAUUUCAGUUUUAACAAAGGUUAAACACAGACAUUUGGUGUUACUUUUAGGGUAUUCAACUCAAGGGCUCAAAAGAAUUCUUGUUUAUGAAUAUAUGCCUCAAGGUGAAUUAAGUAGGCAUCUAUUUCAUUGGAAAAACUUCAAAUUGGAACCACUUUCUUGGAAAAGGAGGUUAAGUAUUGCAUCGGAUGUGGCUAGAGGUAUGGAAUAUCUUCACUCUUUGGCUCAUCAGAGCUUUAUACACCGGGAUCUUAAACUGUCCAAUAUUUUACUUAGCGAUGAUUUUCGAGCCAAAGUUUCGGACUUUGGACCGGUGAAACUCGUCCCGGAUGGUGGGAAGUCAAUAAUGACUCAGUAGCUAGCUGGGACGUUUGGAUACGUUGCCCCUAAAUAUGCUAAUAUCCAAGUUUCGGAUAUACGAAAUUUCGGAUAUCCGAAUUUUUGGAUAUUUCGGAUUCGGAUAUUGGAUAUUUCGGAUCAGAUUUCGGAUAUGGAUAGUUUUGAACACCUCUAA